AGUUACAGAUUUCCUUUUUCUGAAGCAAUCGCCAGCAAUGUGCUGACAAAAGUACCUGCUUUAAUGACUAUGGCACCAGUGUGCUUCAUUACAGCAAAAUGGCCUCUCCUAAACCCCGUAAAGAAUCCGUGGGGUGUUGCCAAGAGGAAGAUGAGAGAAGCCAUACCCAACAAUGCAGACCUGCUAAAGGCCGCUACUAAAGCAACCUGUGGAUGAAAAAUGAAAAAUAUGGAUGGGUGGGGGCCUUCUAACUCAAAGGAAUUCCACUUAUUUUGUUAGCUUUGUGCAACACUGAAAGAAAAAAAGAGAAGAAGAAAUGAUCUCCACACAGCUAGUGUUUGCACAAGAUGCAUGAUUUAAUAACGUUGCCCCCACCACAUCCUCCCACUUCUGUGUGGAGAAGCUUUCGUGUUUUAAGGAGUUUUUCCCUAAGUCUCCUUCUCCCGCAGUAUUAUAUUACACCCCUCCUCUCCCAAUCAGAGUCCUCCCCAAAAUCCUCCUGCCCUCUCUUCGCUAUAAGAGCCUGGGGUCGUCCCAGCCUGGCAGAUACCUCUCUCUCUUUGUGGCGCACCACAUUUCAUAAUUCAGAUCUAAAAACCAUUGCAGGCCAAACGCCUUAAUAUAGCUGUCCCUGUUUGUUGAUAUUUGUGACAGUUACUUGGGUCAGGGGUCAAAAACUGUACCACAUCCUAAAAAGGAAAAAAAAAAAAAAAAAAAAAAAAGUCCGUCUGAAAAGACGAUGCGGGAAGACGACUCCUCCCCGAUGGACAGCGCUGGGAACAGUGAGGAGGAGAGUGACCGUCAGUUGCCACGGAGAGGGGCAAGAAAGCGGCGGUCAGCGCGCCAGAGCACGGACGAGGAGGAGGAUGAGGAGGGAGGCGUAGAGAGCUCCAUCCGGGGCAAGAAAAAGUGCAGAAAGAUCUGCGACGACGGAGGAAGCGGCGGCAGCGAGGCCAGCAGCAGCAGCAGCCCCGCGCGCUCCUUCGACGACCUGCAGACGCAGCGUGUGAUGGCCAACAUCCGCGAGCGACAACGGACGCAGUCGUUGAACGAAGCGUUCACGUCGUUACGUAAAAUUAUCCCCACCCUCCCGUCUGACAAGCUCAGCAAGAUCCAGACGCUGAAGCUGGCGGCCCGCUAUAUUGACUUUCUGUGCCAGGUCCUCCAGAGUGACGAGCUGGACGCGCGAGGGACCAAUUGCAGCUACGUGGCGCACGAGCGCUUGAGCUACGCAUUCUCAGUUUGGAGGAUGGGGGGCGCAUGGUCCUUGUCGACCACUUCCCACUAACUGGACCUGGGAUGUCUGUGAUGAGGCAUCGGACUGAAGAACGAGUGACUCAGGCCGAAGGCAGCCGAGGCCCAGGAUCUGUUGCUUUGCUUCAGGCCUCUGAGGAAAGCAGCCCACUUUUCACUUUUCCCUUUGCGUGGAUUGUAAUGUUUGCAAGGGGAGCACUUGGACUGCCAGGACGGAUAUGAAGAAAGAGAGACACCACUGCGACUAUGAAUGUUGUAAUAACAAAACAAGCCCCUGACGAACUGCUCUGUUUUGAAACACGAGAGAGAAAAAAAAAAAAAUGACUCCACAUUCCGUGACAAUUUUUUAAGAAAAAAAAAAAAAGAAGUAUUUUGUAUUUAUUUUUGUAUGCAGGUAUGAAAUUUCUUUUAUCCCCCUUCUCCAAUAAAGCUUAUUUAUUUUCAGGUUAUCAAACGGUGUUGAAUGGAUAAACCUUUUUUUUGUUUCCUGUUGUAAAUAUUUGGUGAUAUGUUAAAUAAAGAUGAUAAUAAUAUGCAAUCUUU